AUGCGGAACAUUCUCGCCCUCCCAUUCCUCCUAGUUGACAUCGUGCAGGAGGCCUUUACCAGCAUCAAAGAGGAUGUAGAGUCAAAUCCAGCAUUGACCUCACUUGUGGCUUACGUGGACAGGAACUGGGUGGAAAGCAACACCUUUCCAAUUCCAUCAUGGAACGUUUUUAAGAAAAACACGAGGACAAAUAACGAUUGCAAGGGAUGGCACAGGAGGCUUAAUAAUUGCGCCAUGGAGUCUACGACACCAUUCUACAUCCUGGUUCCCAUGCUGUACAGUGAGGCUGAGAAGUUACCGCUUCAAAGGCAAAUGGUGGCCGAGGGAUCUCUCCAGAGAUUACAGCGGAAGGAGGUCCGAGAGAGACAACAACGCUUUGAGGAUUUGUGA